UCAGACACAUGUAACGGGAUGAGCGGUACCCGGAGCAUCGAGGAGACGGGGCAGCGACGGAGCGAGUAGGCGGAGCGGCCGGAGGAGGAGAUCCGGGGUGGAUGAUGGAGGCCAUUGCCAGUGAUGUUGUCUCUUACCCUCCGCACCAGGAGACAGACGGCAGCGUCCGCAAGGGAUGUGACCCGUUCGCUCAGACGCAGCGCAGUAAACUCCAGCACCGCCGGGCGCGCAUCAACCAGCAGAUCAACAAGGAGAUGAGGAUGAGAGCGGGAGCCGAGAACCUGUUCCGGGCCACCACCAACCACAAGGUGAAGGAGACGGUGGCGCUGGAGCUCAGCUACGUCAACUCCAACCUGCAGCUGCUGAAGGAAGAGCUGGAGGAGCUGAACAGCUCCGUGGACGUCUACCAGAACGAGAGUGAAGCCAUCAGCGUUCCCAUGAUCCCGCUCGGCUUGAAGGAGACGAAAGAUCUGGACCUGAUGGAUCCUCUGAAGGACUUCAUUGUGGAGCACUAUGGGGAGGACGCCGCUCCAUAUGAGAAGGAGAUCGGAGAAUUCAUGGAUCUGCGACAGGCCAUGAGGACCCCGAGUCGCAGUGAGUCCGGCCUGGAGCUCCUGAUGGAAUACUACAACCAGCUGUACUUCCUGGAGCAGCGCUUCUUCCCCCCACACCGCUCUCUGGGCGUCUUCUUUCACUGGUACGACUCUCUUACGGGCGUUCCUUCCUGCCAGCGGGCUCUGGCUUUCGAGAAGGGAAGCGUGCUGUUCAACAUGGGAGCCCUGUACACCCAGAUCGGGGCGAGGCAGGAUCGUCAGUUUCUACAAGGAGUAAAGACAGCCAUCGAUUCGUUUCAGAAGGCGGCAGGAUGCUUCAAUUUCUUAAAAGAAAACUUCUCUAACGCCCCGAGCCUGGACAUGAGCACGGCGUCUCUGAACAUGCUGGUGCGGCUCAUGGUGGCACAGGUCCAGGAGGGCAUCUUCGAGAAGUUUGUGUUGGAGAACACGCAUAAUAACUUCACCAAUCAACUGCAGAUGGCACAGGAGGCGGCCAGGGUUGAGGACGUCUACACCCUUGUAUACAGAACCAUGAUGUACCCACCCGUUAAAGACUAUGUCCCCUUCUCCUGGACCACCAUGGUUCGUGUAAAAGCCGAACAUUUCAAAGCUCUGUCCCAUUACCACGCUGCCAACGCCCUGUGCGACUUCUCCACUUCGCCAGGACUGGAGCUCAUAGAACACGAGAAGCUUUUCCUGCAGUUCCACACCUCGCCACCAGAGGGCCCAACCAUCGGCUUGCUGCUCCAGGAUCGGGAAGAGAGGAGGAAGCUAGGUAAAGCGCACUUAAAGAAAGCCGUGAUUAAACACGAGGAGGCGAUGAGGAUCCACGGCCUGUGCAAAAUCCUGCGUAAGAUGGACAUCCUGCAGGACGUGCUGACCCUGGCACACAAGAGGUCGCUCAAUAAGUACUCCGACAUCGACCACGAGGAAGAUUUCUUUGAGACGGGCGAGGCCCCCGACAUUCAGCCAAAAACCCAUCAGAAGCCGGAAGUGACGACCCCAAUGUUCUCCAGGGUCAAAGUCAAGGAUAUAUUCCACCGACUGGGUCCAGUCUCCGUCUUUUCGGCUAAGCACAGGUGGCGGCCGGCGCUGAAGGUUCACCUUGACCCAGGGGAUGACGGCUUCGGCUUCACGUUGAGAGGCGACUCGCCGGUUCUUAUAGCCGGGGUGGUCCCCGGGGGCUGCGCUGCCCGGGCGGGUGUGAAGGAGGGGUCUUACAUCGUGUCCGUGGACGGCGAGGACUGCAGGUGGGCGAAACAUUCACAAGUCGUCCAGCAGCUGAAGAAUACGGGGAAGGGAGGAGCGGACAUCGAGGUCGUGACCUUCCAGAGCGCUGACCCCCGGAACACGGUACCAGACAAGAAGUCGUCGAUGCUGACGUCCAGCGAGAUUCUGCAGGAGAAUAAGGAGAACAACAGGAAGACGAUGGCGGCCGGUAAACGCUCCAGCACGCUGCUCCUCUGGAAGAGGAACCCCACUAAGAGGAACCCCAACAUCAGCGCCCUCCAGCUGCCAUUCAGUGCGGUGCAGAGUAACGAGUGCAUGUACUGAGCCCUCCCCGGGCAGUGCCCCCCGUAGCGUUAUAACCUGGGCGCCGGAGCCGCGGCCGAGAGAGUCCGCCUGUACAUAACUGUAAAAGAUAAUUUAUAACGGACGUGACCUAGAGAAUAAACGCUUGUUCCGCUGCA